AUGUUACACAGACAAGUUGAUGUAUCUUUGGAAGAGGAAAAUAACAUAGUUCCUAAACUUCAAGAGAAUUCGUUUGUCAAGCAUGAGCGAUGCCGCAAGAAGAGGAAGAAAUCAUAUGAAGAGGCUGUAGGUAUUCAGUAUUUUUUGAGUACUGAUGCACAGAAGAAGACAAAAAAAGUUGAUGGAAAUAGCCAUGGAGAUGGAAGGGUGCCCACAGAAGUGUCCCAAUCUACCAUUGGUCUAACAGGAUCUGCACGGCCAUGUGCAGAGGGCAUUUGUUAUUCAGUUACCAGUGACUUUGAAACUAAUAGAAAAUUUGAGGAGACAGCAUAUGGAGAUUUUAUGAAAUUGCUGGACUUGGACAAUCCUCUUGAUGAGGAAUAUUACAGAAAAGCAAUGGAAAUGCCUAUGUCGCCUACUCUUCCUGAGAUUGAGUUUCCAGGUGCUGAAUCAUUUGAUACGGGUAAAUCUCAAGACAAAAGUUUCUAUGGUGGCUUGUCUGAUGUAAAAGUAGAUAUUGCGCCUUCUUGCAGCUUUGAUGCCAUCAAUGCAGAGAUUAAUUCCAGUCCUGUUGAUUCCUAUUAUCCUCAAGUGAAUAAUGGGAAUGGUUUUCAUAAUAGUAAGCAAUCAGGAAAAAGUUUUUGUGAUCAUCAGUCUGAGGACUUUGGUGUGUUGGGGGUCAGAUCAGAUCCAUGUAGUUCUAGGGAUGAAGUUGUGCCUUCUGAAAGUGAAGUUGGACCCACACCUUCUCCAGGAUGGCCUGGGAACUUUUUGAGAAGGAAUUUCACUGUUUGCUCAGAUUCUUUCGCCAGACAUGUUCAUGUUGUAAUGUCUGAUGCUGAGGCAAGAAGCGCACUUGAUGAUUUAUUUUUGGUUGAGCUGCUGAGUCUGAUUGAGGAUUUCCUUGUGGGUGGAAGCAUUGUGAUAUGCACCGAUGGAUCUUCUGCAACAUUUAGUGAAAGUAAUUUAAUAGUCAAUGCCCAUCAAGAUGGUGUAAAUACAAUGUUCUCAUUUCAAGCAGCUUCAGCUGACCAGUUGGUGGCGGGGAGCAUUAUAUUGGCAUCAAUAUGUACAGCAACCAAUCACAUUGGAUUUAUUAGUGAGGCUGCAUACAAUGUUUCUCUGAUGCGCAGGAGUGAUCCUUCGCUGGUUGAAUUUCCAGAAAAUCACUCCACAGCAGACCUGCAGCUUCCCUCUUCAGUACCAGCCAACACCAUCACACAGAUAUUCGGCCCUCAACAAUUUCAACAUCAACCAUGGUUCAACAUUGUUGACUGCCACCUGUGUCACUUGUUUUUCGCCAAGCUAGUCAUGCCUUUUCUUACGUGUAACAUAUUCGUUGGUUCUAACACAUAUCUUGAGAAAGGAAGCAUUCCAUCUGCUGCAACUUCUUGUCUGAUAUCUUCGAGUGACAUUCGAACUGAGUUCCAUGUGUGUGUUGAAUGCCCAUUUUUUAAGGAUGCAGUUACUGUAGAUGUUGCUGUAUCAUUGCACCUGGAAAAACUUAAGAGUUGUUCUCAGUCUGGGACCAUGAACGUCAUUUUCCAUGAGGGUCAAGCUAAGCAAAAUUGCCAAGAGCUUUGUAAUGUUCAUGACCUGAAGGGUGAUGAAUCAUGUUGCUCAAAUAAGUGUGAGAUGCCUGCUUUCCAAUCAGAAUCUAUCGGCAAUACAACUUUGUGCCAUGUGACUAAUGUUUUAUCGUUGGUAGAACUGCAUGCAUGCUACAUGGGAUGGGAUCGGACAUGCACUGCAAUUAUUCCUGACCUGUUGAGAAUGUUGGAAUUACCUAUGCAGGAGAUCUACACUGUGGCUAUUGUCGUUCUCCUUGGGCAGCUUGGAAGACUUGGAGUUAAUGCUUGUGGCUAUGAAGAUAAAGAAGUUGAAAGCUUGAGAAGCAAACUGUCUGCUUUUCUAUGGCAGGAUAGUACCACCAGAGCUGGUCUUCCUAUUCAAAUUGCUGUCAUUUCUGCUCUGCUUGGGCUUCUGUCUCAGAAUUUUGAGCAAAUCAUUCAGAUUAAUAUUAAGUGUCCAACCACUGCAAGCCAGUCAGUUCCAGCUGCUGAUAAUAUAAGAAAGUGGUUUUCAUCUCUGAGCAAGGAGAACCGGGCCUUGUCAUCGAGCCUCUGGCAGUGCACUGGUUUUGUUACAGAACUCUGA